AAUCAAGUAACUUCUGAUUACUUGCGACCAAAUUCAUCAUCUAAUCUCAAGUUAUAUUUAAUCCUAUACAUAUCGGAAAUGGCUACAGCAUCAAAGCGGCUUGUUUUAAUAACAGGAGCCAGUGGUGGUAUUGGAUUCGAGCUUGCAGCCCAGCUCCUGGCAAAGGGAACGUACUACGUUCUUCUAGGAGCUCGAUCAGUCGAAAAGGGAAAUGCUGCGUUAGAACAACUGCGCUCUCACAACUUGCCAGACAGCGUAGAGUUACUCUUGCUUGAUGUCACUAAGGACAAUACUAUUGAAGAAGCCGCUGUAAAGGUCCGCAAAGAAUUUGGUAAAUUGGACAUCCUUAUCAACAACGCUGCUGUGGCACCAAUGGAAGGUGGCACAUUGCGCGAGUACAUGCGUAUAGCAUUCGACACUAAUGCCACUGGACCUCUUAUCGUUGGUAAUGCUUUUGCACCUCUAUUAAAGGAGUCUAAGGACUCCCCUAGAAUUGUCAACAUUACUAGUGGAGCAGGCUCUAUCAGUUCUCGUCUCAAUAAAGACUCUCCUACCUAUCGACUCCAGGGUCACCAGUACCGAGCCAGCAAAUCUGCUCUUAACAUGAUUACAGCUUGUCAAUAUGUGGAGUAUGAGUCUGAUGGAAUCAAGGUCCUGCUCUACGACCCAGGUCAUACCGUCUCAAACCUUGGACCUUACAAUAAGGCCGAAUUUGGUGCUAGGGCACCGGUUGAAUCUGUGAUACCCUUAAUUGAUGUCAUCGAGGGAAAGCGUGACAAUGAAGCUCCUAAAUUAUUGCAUAACACUGGCACCUAUGAUUGGUAA